AUGUAUUUUAUGUUUCUGACAGGAACUUUGUCUCGUUUCUUGUCGUUUAUUGCAUUUGAAGCCGUAUCGUCGCUCAUCCUUAUUGUCCCAAUUCUCAUCAUUUGUAGUGGUAGCAAAUCAAAAACGGUUGCGAACACUACUACGAAUAGUAGCACCCAGUCAACUCAUCGACUACCGAUCGAAGCACCUCCUGCUCUCACUACUAGUGAGCCGUCAACAAAUGCGGGAGCCCUCUCCUACAGAGGAUCAACAAAAGACCAAAGAAUAAUUGGAGAUUGGAACAAUAGAAUUAUAUUUUUUUACCCU